AUGGCAACCUUUCUCACCAAGAAGAUUAUUGUUGCUGCUUCCUCAGCUUCUAAGAAAGUUAAGAAGUUGGCCCAAAAACCAAAGACUCCUUCACCUUCCAACUCUGGUAAUGAUGAUGAGCAGAAUGCUGAUGAGGAAGACGAAGAUCAGCGUGAAGAUUCACCCAGGACUGAAGACUUUCUGAACAUUCAAUUCAAGGGGUUCAAGGAAGCUAAUCAAAUCAUGAAUGAGUCUACUUUGGCAGACUUUCUAUUCAUGAAUCCAUACGAUUGGAUCUCCUUGUUCUUGAUUGUGAUGAAAGAUGAACAAAAAUGCGAGCCCGUCUUUGCCAAUUUGAAAAAGGAUGCUUAUUUGCUACAUCCUGUAGAUUGCGAAGAUGGAUGUAGAGAUUGCUUUUGUUCUGAAGAAAAGGCCAACUUUGAAGCCAGAAGAGGACCAAAGGAUCUUCAUAAGCUAAAGGUUGGAAAAUUAGAAAGGAGUAUUGGAGUGUAG